AGGGGUAUUGAGGUUACUUUACCAGACUUCAUGAAGCUUAAACCCCCUACUUUUUCUGGGUCUAGUGCAACUGAGGAUCCACAACAAUUCAUUGACAGUCUAGAGCGGCUUUGGAGAGCAUUGGGUUGUUCUGAGGUAAGAGCAGUAGAACUGACAUCAUUUCAACUAAUAGGCGUGGCACGUGAUUGGUUUGAUAUAGUGUCACAUGGUAGACAAGUGGGGUCACCUCCGUUAGCAUGGAGAGAGUUUUCUCAGUUGUUCAUGGCUCGUUUUCUUCCGGAGAGUGUUAGAGAUGGAUUAGCUCACGAGUUUGAGCGAUUGGAGCAAACAGAGAGUAUGACAGUUUCAGAGUAUAGUGCUCGUUUUACACGGCUAUCUAGACAUGCUCCUUAUCCUAUCACUGAGGAGAUGCGUGUUAAGAGGUUCAUUAGAGGAUUGAAGGAUUAUUUAUUUAGAUCUGUGGUUGGUUCGAAUUGUUCUACUUUUGCUGAGGUUUUGAGUUUGACUCUUUUGAUUGAGCAACGACAGAAGGAAAAAGGAGGCAAUAAACAAGAUUCACAUAAGAAGCAAAUAAUUGAAGGAUCUUACAGUAACUAUUCAAACCGGGAUGGUGGAUCUAUGUUGGGUUAUCAGGGGCAACAAGGACUCAUGUCUCAAAGGGGUGGUCAUAGUGGGCAGUCUUCUAGGACAGUGCAGAUUCGUAGAUCAGAUUCUGGAGCAGCAUCACAAUCCAUUUUCCCUCAGAGACAUUCUAGUGUUUCAGCUACACGAUGUUCUACUUGUGGUAGGUUUCACUUCGGGAAUUGUUCUAGAGAUGGUAAUGUUAAGGUAUGCUACCAAUGUGGCCAAAUAGGUCACAUCAGGAGGGAUUGUCAUGUAGAUACGACACAUUCAUCCUCUAGUUAUGCAUUAGCACCAACAACUUUGGCAUCUUCUCAGACUCAUUUUGCAUCUGUGCGUCAGAGUGGAAAUUCUUAUGUCAGAGGUUCAGGAACAUUUCAGUAGCGAGGUAGAGGAUUUGGUGGUAGAGGUCAGAUACCAGCAGGAAGAGGUCAGGCUCGAGUGUUUGCUUUGACUCGUCAGGAUGCUCAGACAUCCAAUGCAUUAGUUACAGAUUCGCAAGCAGCUGAGUAGGAAUCUAUUAUUUGAUUCAAGUCUCAAC